AUGAUUAUCGCAGCGAACAAGCCGCCUACGUUUGGUUUGGGGACGCCGAUCGAUGAUUGCUACGGCUCCUGUGGAUAUGGCUAUGGCUGUGGCCCUGUCCCUGAUCAAAAGAGAAAGUUGAAUAACCCUAUUGAUCAAGUUCAAGAAUUAAAAGAAACAAACAAGAGGAGGAAAAUUCAGAAUCAGAAGAUGAAGUUGGUUUGUGGGUCCUGCUAUUGCCCCAAAGACAACCCCGAGAAGCCCCUCGGCGAAGACGCCCACUUCAUAUCCCACUUCGCUCAGACUAUCGGCUUGGCUGACGGCGUCGGCGGCUGGGCCAGGAAAGGCAUCGACGCCGGCGAGUACGCAAGGGGGAUCAUGAACCACGCCAAAGAAACGGCUACGCAUAUGGCCGCCGUCGGAGCCACCCCCGUGGAUGCAAGAAAGGUGCUGAACGAAGCUUACGAGAACAACGCCGACGUACAAGGCUCGUCGACGGCUUGCAUCCUCAGCUUCGACAAAGAACGCGGGUCCCUCCACGCCGUGAAUGUCGGGGACAGCGGUCUCGAUUCUCGACUUUUGGUUGCCGAGGACAUUAGUUUGGUGGCUGAUUUGUACAAAAUAAUCGACUAG